UUAUCUUAAAAAAAUAUGGUUAAAACAAGAGGUGGGGGAAGUAGAUCAUUAUCAAGAUUUCACCGGAUGUUGGUUGGAAAGAUUGCUUCUGUAACAGAGGCUACAAUAUGUUAUAAUACGACGCAUCUUCAUGAUGCUAUAACUCCUUCAGCAUCUGGCAGUAGUACUCUUGAUAUUUGUCAAUUUAAACAGCUGCCUACAAUUGAUGUUUCUUUAACUCGUGUCAAUCGUUCCAAUUAUUCCAUUAAUCAAUCAGUCACUGUUAAGAAACGGGACAAAAUUAUUGAUUAUGCUAGCAGUAGAGCAAAGUUAGGGGUAGGUUUUGGAAAAUCACAGUUCCUGAAUUAUGCUGGGAGACUUGCCGCAAAACAUAAAUUCAACUUCAAGAAAGAACUUCCAAGCAACCAUUGGUGGGCUAGGGUUAAACAUCCAGGUCUUUAUGGGGUUUUUACACUGAGUUCGCGCCUCCGGGAACAAAUUGGAACUGGUCCAAUAGUGGUUGGAAUAAACAGGGUCAAUCAAAACUAUGGUUGACCAAGACAUGUUUAGAAAAUAUUGGUCCACAACGUCCUCAGUUACUGAUUUUGGAUGGGCACGACUCUCAUAACUUUAUUGAGCUAAAUGAUAAUGCUAUCCAGAACGAGAUACAUUUAGUUAAAAUGCUUUUAAACACAUUAAGCUGGCUUCAACCAUGCAACCGCACCUUAUUUAAGCCACUGAAGGAUUAUUAUCGAUCUAGAGCACAAGAUCUGAUGAGUCAGUUUCCAGGAAUUAUCACUUGUCAUUCAAAUUUUGUAGGGAUAUUUGUUUCAGCUUAGGAAACAGCAAUGACUUCUAGCAACAUUACAUCUGGGUUUAAGUCGUGUGGAAUUUAUCCAUUUAAUCCUCAGGCUAUUCCUAGUGAUGCAUAUUUACCAAAAUAUCUACACAUAACUGAGGAUAUAUCGGUUAAUACAGCUGAAAACAAUUGUUCUUUGAAAUUCCAACCAUCAAUUGUUCAAGAAAUUAAUUUUUUAGACGUUGAUGCUUCUAUAGAUGCUGGAAAUAUUGCUAAUUAUCUAGAACAAUUACAAAAUGGCACUGAAGAAGAUAACGCAACUCACAGUUCGUUACUAAACAAAACUUCUAUUUUGGAAGCAGAGACUGUUGUUUGUAAUAAUCAGUUUGCAUAUUUAGUCAAUCCAGUUAAAGAAAAAAAUGUUGACUGCAUUGUGAAUAGUUUUACCAAUCUUACUAAGCAAAAAAAAAAAAAAAAAAAGAAAUCUUAGAACCAUCAAACUUUAAUUCAGAUUUUCAAACAGUUUCAGAUUUUCUGUUUGCAAACUCUUUCUACCCUGGUGAUGGAGAUGACAACAAGUGCCAACAAGUCUAUAGCAACAACAAAAAAGAAGUUCAUUAUUAUCUAAAUUGCAACCAUUGGUUGACCCGAGAACAAUACUGACUAAUAUGUACUAAAUAUUCGACAAUAUUUUUUUUAUAUAACUAAA